AUGCCGUCCUUCUACUUCCAUUUCCUUCCAUUUUUAGCCGCAUUUCGUUUUUCCAGACUCAGAAUUCUGACCGCUUUGUCCUGCGUAAGAAAGAUUCAUCUUUUUUUUUUUUUGCCUUUUGAGUUUUUUUUACCCCGCUUCUCUUUCUGGUUUCCGCUGCAUUGACGAAACGCCGCUGUGACGCCCCUUUUUUUAGAUUUUAGAUCCUGAAGGUCUCGCCUUGGCUUCGAUUUUGAAGAUGCUUAUCGCUUUUGAGUUGAUUUUAUCAUAUAUAGUUUCUUGGGAGUUCCGGGUGUUAGGUUUGAAGGGAAAGGAGGAUCGACACAGUAGAUGUUGAUCUUAGAAUUAUACUCGAACAGUGAAUACUCUACUGAGAAACACAUGAUCCAGCGCCUAGAUCUUUAAGACUUUGAUUGCUGGCAUAAAUGUCUUUUUCGUUCUAGUAUAUAUUGGAGAAACCUCAGGGAGUAUUAUUUGCAGGGUGCUUUGCUUCCAAGUUGCAAAUUUGGAAUGGAUUGUUCAAAUAACGGAAAGCCUAAAAUUUAAACUGUAGGAAUUCUUUUCAUGUUGGAAUUUCACCUGCUUUUUUUGUAUCUUAGAUGCCACACUGGCUGUGCACUUGAAAACCUUUUAGCUCUUUUGCUCCAUGGAGUUUUCAGCCAUUAGGUUACGGGAAGAGUGUGGACACUUGAGAUUUACUUGUAAAAGCACUGGAGUAUGUAGUACUGUUGCAUGAAAGUUUUCAUCCAAUGUUUAGGAUAAAGUUCAGAUCUUUCUUUCUAUCAAAGAUAUUACAUGUAGUAUGCUCCUAAUGCAGAAAUAGACUAUUCGAAAGUAAAUCCGGGAGCUUCUUGAAUUGUUCUUAUGCAAAAUCUUCAUUGGUCCUUUUUAGAAUUUUUGAACAGGAUGCCCAUGCAUGCUGGUAUGCGUCAUCCUGCCUUCUUUCCAGGAUGCUUAGUUCUAUUUCCCUGAUGGUUUAUUGUCGUUGAAUUUAUAACCUUCAGAAAGUGUGCUCAGAAAGAUAAAUCCGAUUGUUUGGCGUAAUUUUGAGGGUGAAACAGUGGACAAUUGAGGCUAAAAUGUUUUUGACAUAGAGUUACUGAGAUCACCAUUAAACAGUUGUUUGUGUUCUUAUGCCAUUGUACUACAAGAUGAAGCCUCAUAUUACGAACAAGAUUCGUUUUUCUUCUUGAAUAAUUUUGGUGGCAGAAGUGGUUAUUAGACUGCUCAAGAUAGUUCCGGAACCUGGCAAAGAGAUUCUCCUGCAAAGCAUUCAUAUAUAUUUGUUUUAUUUAUGACAUUAUCACUUCUCUGGAAGAAUCCAAUAUCAUGUCGUUUAAGUCAUUGAAAAUCUAUUACGAAUUUUGCUCAUGUAACAGCUUUUGGCUGCUUUAUCCAACUCAAAAAUCAAAGGACCUAGCAUGACUCUUAAAGAGGAAAUAGCAAGUGGCUUUCUGGUAUGAGCUGACUCGCAAGUUGAGAGUUUAUGAUGAGACGGUUCCUCAGAUUUGACUGUGCUUUUUCUUGUUUGCUUCGCCUUGUCUUUUACCACUAUGUGCUUAUCCUGUCUGUUUGUCUUCUUGUCAUGCAACUGACUCAGUUGUUUGCUUUAAAUUGCCGGAGCAUUUUCUUUUCUUCCAUCUACCACCAGAUGUCCUUUUGCCUCAAGUUAUGAUCAAAAGCAAGAGCGGAGCAUAAUGCAACUCAAAAAGUAUCAUCAAUCUUCAGACCAUCUGCUCUGAGUUUUGUAAUAGACCCUUCAAAAUGCAGCCAUCUAAAUUUGGAGGAGAAGAGAGAGCUAGUUCAUGAAAUAUCACGGUGGGCUGACAGUGCACCUGAAAUUCUCCAGUCGUGGAGUCGUCGGGAGCUUCUCCAACUAAUUUGUGCUGAGAUGGGAAGAGAAAGGAAGUACACUGGAGUAAGCAAGCCUAAGAUGAUUGAACAUUUGCUUAAGCUAGUUUCUCGAAAUAUUGGAAAAGAAGAUAUAGCAAGCCCUUUAUCGAUCAUACCAAAGAGUCAAAACGGAUUGAAGAAGAAAAGGAAAAAAGAAAUUGCGAUACAGAUUGCUCCUGAUAUAACAACUCAUGCUAUGGUGAAAGUCACAGAAGAGCACAGCACCACCUUAAUCUGCCAAAAUCCAGCUUGUCGAGCCACAUUAACUCUAGAUGUUGGAUACUGUAAGCGAUGUUCUUGCUGCAUCUGCCAUCAUUACGAUGACAACAAGGAUCCUAGUCUAUGGUUAUUUUGCAAUUCAGAUCCUCCUUAUCGUGGAAAAUCAUGUGGUAUGUCAUGCCACUUGAAAUGUGCCCUUAAGCAUGAAAAAGCUGGCAUAUCAAAGACUGGGUGUUCCCCAAAAUUGGAUGCCAGCUUCUAUUGUGUUUGCUGUGGGAAAGCAAAUUGGCUGAUUGGAUGCUGGCGAAAACAGAUGCUUGCUGCAAAGGAGGCUAGGCGAGUUGAUGUAUUAUGUGAGCGCUUAUUUCUGUCUCACAAAAUGCUCAAAGGAACUGAAUGCUACAAAGAGCCACAAAGUGUUGUCAACUUGGCUGUAAGGAUACUCAAGAAAGAAGUUGGACCUCUUGCCAAGGUCUCGACGGUAAUGGCACGGGGCAUAGUCAACCGACUUAAUUGUGGUGCAGAAGUUCAAAGGCUCUGUGCCUCUGCGCUGGAGGCCGCAGACUCCCUACUUACCACUUCUUCUGACCUACCGAAUGCUCCUGUUGGUAAAGGCUUCCAAGCAUUCCAUAUUGAUUUUGAAGACAUAUCUCCAUUCUCUGUCGUAGUGUCUCUUCAAUCCCAAGAUGAUAUGUUCGAAGAAAACAUUAUAGGUUGUUCGCUUUGGUAUCGAAAGUACGAUGAAGUAAGCUAUCCAGAAGAACCCACCUGCCUUGUACUGAGGCCGGAUACGAAGAUUAUGAUAUCGGGACUUAGCCCUACAACUGAAUAUUACUUCAGAGUUUCUCCUUUUAGUAGCAUCAAGGAGCUUGGUAAGUGGGAGGCCAAAUGUGUGACACAGGGCCUCAUUGGCAACAGCGGCCAAUGCUCAACCCGGAACUCCGGUAGUGCUUACAUUGGCGAAGAAUUUAUUUUGUUUUCAAAGAAGGAACGGGACAUGGUUGAGCUACCGAUGAUCAUUCGAUCAGAUUCACAGAAAGGUUCUACAAACAACAGUGAUAACAACCAUGCCAAUCACCACAAGGUUUUACCGUCCGAGGAUGCCAGUGACAACAACGAAAGGCAUUUAACACUGCCAUCAAGUUUGAUGCCUUGUGAGGCUAAUGCCAAUGACACACCGGAUUCUGACAGCAAGAAGGAAUCAGCAGAGAGACAGUACGAGUAUUGCGUCAAGGUGAUCAGAUGGCUGGAAUGCGAGGGGCACAUGGAGAAGGAGUUCCGGGUGAAGUUCCUCACUUGGUUCAGUCUGAAAGCUACCCCUCAGGAACGAAGGGUUGUUAGCACGUUCAUCGAUGUUCUGAUCGACGAACCUGAGAGUCUGGUGGCCCAACUGAUGGAUGCUUUCAUGGAUGGCAUAUGCACAGGGGAGAAACCAUUGCUGCACAAAGGAUUAUGCACAAGGCUUUGGCACUAACCAUCAGCUUGCAACUGAACUCUGUGCCAACCGAUUUAACUGUCACGGAAUGGAAUUAGUUUCUUCUAAUUCAUUAUGAUUUUGAAGUAGAUUGAAGAUUGUGAUUGAUUAACUUUUGUUGUUUCUUUGCCAUUUUGCUCCUAGUUUGUGAAAUAGAAAAUGUUCAUAUAGCAAGGUUAAUAUUGUUCA